AAGCAAACAUUGUCGCCUAUAUAACGCGCUUCGCCCCCUGGAGUCUUCAGUCCUACUGUGGAAGAGCGAGCUCACCGACUGACACUUAACAAAAUGGCCGCCAAAUUCGUAGUCUUCGUUGCUUUCUUGGCUCUGGCCAACGCCCGCAUGGUCCGCCGCGAGACCAACCCCCUCGAUGAUAUCCAGAAGCACGCAGCGGAAUUCCAGAAGACGUUCACGGAACAGUUCAACGCUCUGGUGAACAGCCAGAGCACCCAGGAGGUCACUAAGUCCCUCAAGGAGGGCUCGGACUCCGUACUCGUUCAGCUCUCGUCUUUCUCUAACGCCCUGCAAGGCGCUAUCAACGAUGCCUCCGGCAAGACCAAGGAAGCCCUGGAGCAGACCAAGCAGAAGAUCGAACAGACGGUCAACGAUCUGAAGAGGCAGCACCCUGAGGUCGAGCAGCAGGCGGCCCAUCUUCGCGACAAGCUGCAGCAGGCUGUCCAGCAAACCGUCGGGGAGACCCAAAAGCUCGCCAAGGCUGUCCAGGCUAACGCUGAAGCUACCAACCAGAAACUCGCCCCGCAGCUCAAGCAGGCUUACGAUGACUUCGUGAAGCAGGCUGAGGUCGUGCAGAAGAAGGUGCAAGAGGCAGUCAACAAGCAAUAAGAACCAGUACUUUAAUAGGAAAGACGCCGCCUGUAUGCGUAGCCAACAUGCCAAUUGUUUACGCUUCGUAGCGAACGAGACGCAACAGUCCCAGUCGCACUAAUAUGGAAGAGUGGUAAAGAGACGCAAAGCGUUUCGUUAAAGCGCAAGCGAUUGUCACCUUGGCUAGGCAUCCUGCUUCUCCAUACAAACGUAAUUCCCAAUUUUCUUUCUGAAUAUUGACAUUAUGAAAAAUAUUUUUACAAUUUAUUGAUUAUUAUAAGAAUGUAGCACCUAAAAUGGGAUAGAUA